AUGGCCGCUCCACCUGCAAGGGCACGAGCAGAUUAUGAUUACCUCAUAAAGCUCCUUUUGAUUGGCGAUAGCGGUGUGGGAAAGAGUUGCCUUCUCUUACGAUUUUCUGAUGGUUCUUUUACUACAAGUUUUAUCACUACAAUCGGUAUCGAUUUUAAGAUAAGAACAAUUGAACUUGAUGGCAAACGGAUCAAACUCCAAAUCUGGGAUACAGCUGGCCAAGAACGAUUCCGAACAAUCACUACUGCUUACUAUAGAGGAGCCAUGGGAAUUUUGUUGGUGUAUGAUGUUACAGACGAAUCAUCUUUCAACAACAUAAGAAACUGGAUUCGCAACAUCGAACAACAUGCAUCUGAUAAUGUGAACAAGAUCCUUGUUGGAAAUAAAGCUGAUAUGGAUGAAAGCAAGAGGGCUGUACCUACCUCAAAGGGACAAGCACUAGCAGAUGAGUAUGGCAUUAAAUUUUUCGAAACUAGUGCGAAAACCAACCUAAAUGUGGAGCAAGUUUUCUUUUCAGUAGCAACAGAUAUUAAGCAAAGACUCGCAGACACUGAUUCUAAACCUGAGCCAUCAACAAUUAAGAUUAAUAAACCAGAUGGUGGAGGUGCAAACAGUCAAUCUGAACAGAAAUCAGCUUGCUGUGGUUAAACAGACGUAGGGUUUUUGACUUUUGGACUGAUUUAGUCAUUGAAUUUUAUUUCUGGUAGUGUGAAAAUCUAUGUCAUUUACACCAUUGUUCCAUAAAUGAAAAACGAUCAUCUGUUUUUUUUUUUUUUUUUCAUGAUGUGACAUUGACUUU